UGCUCCCCUUUGCUAUAAGAGUCGUCCUCUCUUUUCUUCAACACAUUGCUUCAUUUCACAUCCCAAAAUCUCUCUCUUUUUUGUUCUUUUCUUUUUCCCUCUAUUCAUCUCUCUCAUGGAGCUACUGUUCUUACUCUAUGCAAUUCCCUUACUCUAUUUAGCAUUAAAAUUAUGGAAAUAUUUUGAUGCGAAAAGAGACCAGCAGUGCUACAUUUUGGACUACCAAUGUUUCAAACCGAGCGACGAUAGAAUGCUUGGCACUCAACUCUGUCGAGACCUUAUGAAACGUACCAAAAAUCUUGGACUUGACGAGUUCAAAUUCCUUCUCAAAGCUGUUGUCAACUCCGGUAUCGGCGAGCAAACCUACGGUCCCCGUGUCGUCUUCUCCGGUAAAGAAAGUCACCCUUCUCUCGUUGAUAGUAUCGUUGAAGUUGAAGAGUUUUUCCUUGAUUGUCUCCAUAAGCUCUUCCAAAAAUCCGGCGUUUCCCCUUCUCAAAUCGAUAUACUCGUCGUCAACAUCUCCAUGUUCUCCACUUCCCCUUCUCUUGCCUCCAUAAUUAUUAACAAGUUUAAAAUGAGGGAAGACAUAAGAGUAUUCAAUCUAAGUGGAAUGGGAUGCAGUGCAAGUCUUAUUUCUGUGGAUGUUGUGAGAAGAAUGUUUAAGUCACACAUGAACUCAUACGGUAUUGUAGUCACGUCUGAGUCACUCACUUCGAACUGGUACUCUGGUAACGACCGAUCCAUGAUUUUGUCGAAUUGUCUGUUUCGAUCCGGUGGCGCAGCCAUACUCUUAACCAAUAAAAGAAGUUUGGAAAACAAAGCUAUGUUGAAGCUCAAGUGUCUAGUCAGAACUCACCAUGGAGCUCAAGAUGAGUCCUAUGGUUGUUGCUAUCAAAAAGAAGAUGACAAAGGAAACUUAGGUUUCCAUCUAGGGAAGAAUCUCCCAAGAGCAGCAAUAAGAGCAUUCACAGACAAUCUAAGAGAGAUCUCCCCAAAAAUCCUUCCAAUAACAGAGAUAUUUCGAUUAACAAUCCUAACAAUAAUACACAAAAUCUCUUUAGCCAGCUCCUCAAAGCCCCGAUGGCCGAAGCCAAUGGCGAACUUCAAAACCGGAGCAGAACAUUUCUGCCUACACACAGGAGGGAAAGCAGUGAUAGAUGGGGUUGGAAAGAGUCUAAACCUAACCGAACACGAUCUCGAGCCAGCAAGAAUGACCCUUCACCGAUUCGGAAACACAUCGGCGAGCAGCCUGUGGUAUGUUUUAGGGUAUAUGGAAGCCAAAAAAAGGCUAAAGAAAGGAGAUAAAGUAUUGAUGAUAAGCUUUGGAGCAGGAUUUAAAUGCAAUAGUUGUUUGUGGGAAGUGGUGACAGAGUUGGGUGAAAAAAAGGGUAAUGUAUGGGAAGAUUGCAUUAAUGGCUAUCCACCAGUGUCUUUGGCCAACCCUUUCCUGGAAAGCUUUGGAUGGAUUCAAAAUGAAGAUGCAACUACUUUCAAGUCACUUUGAAUCUCAACAAUUAGGAAAAGAGAAAAAAAGAAAAAAGAAAAAACAGAAAAGAGGUUGAUUUGAUUUUUUAUUAAAGGAAAAAUGUUAUUAUUAUUUGUCUAGAGAUUUUUUAAAAAAAUUUUAUUUGAUGUUGGAAUUGAAGUUUAGUUGAUCAUGUUAAUAUAGGUUUUUUUUUUUUUUUUUAUUCAAAGUGUUGGAAAGUUUACUUCAAUUUGUUUUAAAUUUAUAUCGGUUGAAACUUC